AUGGAGAUGUCAAACUCUUUUAGAUAUAUUGGAGGGAUGAAAUUGCCGAUUGGGUUUCGAUUCCAUCCUACUGAUGAAGAGCUGGUGGUUCACUACUUGAACCGCAAGGUCUGUUCUUUGCCAUUGCCUGCCUCAGUCAUUCCUGAGUUGGAUGUUUACCAGACCAAUCCCUGGGACUUGCCAGGUGAUUCGGAGGAGAAGAUGUAUUUCUUCAGCAAAAGAAGAGGGAAUGUGAAAAGAUGCGGCACCACUACUUUCAUUAGUGGUUCUGGGUAUUGGAAGGCGAUUGGCAAAGACAAGCAAAUUUUAACCCCCGGAAGCAGCCAACCGGUUGGGAUUAAGAAAUCGCUUGUAUUCUACCAAUUGGGGAUAGGGAGGCGCCCUCGCUGCCCUCGUCCUCGUGGGUUUAAAACUCGUUGGGUCAUGCAUGAGUAUUGCCUUGUGGGAUCUGGAACCACCCCCCACUACUCUACCCAGAAAUUGAUGAUGCAAAUGGGAGAUUGGGUUGUCUGUCGCAUAUAUCAGAAGAAAAGAAAAGCCAAAAAAGAUGGGGUCAAAACUCAGUACUGGAACGGCAGUAUGAAUACGGCGGACAUGCUAAUUAGGCCCAGUAAUAGUAUUAUUGAUUUGUUGAUGGAAGACAGCACUGAUGAGUUAGGCCCGCCUCAGCCUUCCGCAUCAUGGUCAAGUGGGAUCACUGAGGUCUCUUCUGAUCAUGAUGAUCAAUUAGAUGAUGAGGAAUCAAGCAGUGCUGCUAUACGUUAG